AGGGAAUUCAAUUUGAACCCGCCACCGCGUGUACAUUCACGUGAUGAAAGCGCGCGCGUGAAUUGUGUGUGGCCUCUCAUCCGAGGAAUCCGACCGUCGAUUCAUCCUCAAAAGAACAAAUGAGUCUCCUAAUUGGACGGCUUAGAUGAGAGACACGUAAAACUCUGUCGUAAAAGCAACAAUUUUCAAACUUAGAAAUAAACGAAACUCACAACAUAGAUCACUCACAUCCAGUUGGAAACCCCAUAUUUUUCCCCCAUUCUCUCUCCAAAGAAUUCACAUUCCUCUCUUUCUCUCUCUCUAAAUUUCUGCAACCACUCUCUCUUGUAAUGACAACAGCAACAAAAAACCUCCUUGCUUGAGCAUACCAGAAAUCCAAGCGGCGAGAAGAAUGUCCUCCGGAUUUCCCGGCGGCGGGCGGGACUUCUUCACCGGCGGCGGGGGCAGUUACAGCACCAAUCAACAGCAGCAAUUUCCGUUCCGAUCGCCGCUAUCCAGAAUUCUUCCGGACCCUGCUUCCCAGAUCCGGCGGCCGGAUUUGAUCAGGAAGAGAUCACUAGCAGAAUUUCAGCAACAGAACCAGCAAGGUUUGGAGUUGUAUCUACGGAACGUGAAGAUGAGGCAUGUAUCCCCCAUCUCUCCGGUAGAUUUCCCUACCAUUUUGCCUGAUGUUUCAAAUUCGCGAUACGCCCAGCACCGGCUGCAGCCCUUGAGUAUUUCAAACAGAAAUACUAUUUUCUCGGGUGUGAAUCUCCCUGGUCAAGAUACUCAGACGAAGAUGAUGAAUUACCGGCUGCAGGAGCUGGAGAAGGAACUUCUCGGAGACGAAGACGACGGAGAGGAGGUCUCCGUCGUCACCCACAGCGAGUGGUCCGAGACCAUCCAGAACCUAAUCGCCCCUACCAUUUCUCCCUCUCCGACUUCUUCUUCCUCGUCCUGUUCCUCCACGUCAGCAUCUCCUCCGAUUCCGAGCACCAAACAAUCUUUGAUGGACGCCGCCGCAGCUAUCUCGGAAGGAAAUUUGCCCACCGCAACCGACAUCAUCACGCGCCUCCAGCAGGUCGCCAGCCCCAGGGGCAGCUCGGAACAGCGCCUCACAGCUUUCAUGGUUUCGGCUCUCAAAUCGCGCGUGAACCCCACCGAGCGUCCUCACUCGACGUCGGAGCUCUACGCCAAGGACCACAAGCUAUCAACGCAAAUGCUGUACGAGGUGUCGCCGUGUUUCAAGCUCUGUUUCAUGGCCGCCAAUCUCGCCAUCCUCGACGCUACCUCGGAGCAGGGCUUUCAGAGGAUUCACGUCGUGGAUUUCGAGAUCGGCGAGGGCGGACAGUACAUGCAUUUCCUCCACGCGCUGGCGGCGACACAGUCAGGCGCAAAACGCGCCGCCGCGUUGAAAAUAACCGCCUUCGCGGAUGGCGGCGACGAGAAGCUCAAAAUCGUGGGCGAGAGACUCAACACAUUGGCCGACAAAAUCGGCGUCCGCUUCGAUUUUUCAGUGAAGAAAUUAAUGGUGGGCGAUUUGAGCCGCGAUAAAUUGGGAGUGGAGGAGGACGAAGCCCUAGCCGUGAACUUGGCGUUCAAGCUGCAGAAUUUACCCGACGAGAGCGUGACGACGCAGAAUAUGAGAGACGAGCUGCUCCGCGUGGUGAAGGCCAUGUCUCCGAAGGUGAUGACGGUGGUGGAGCAGGAGAUGAACGGCAACACGGCGCCGCUAACGGUGCGCGUGAGAGAAGCCUGCGAGCACUACGGGGCGCUGCUGGACUCGCUGGAGGCGACCGUGUCGCGGAGCAACCCGGACCGAGUGAGAAUCGAGGAGGCGGUGGGUCGGAAAAUCGGCAACUCGGUGGCGUGCGAGGGGAGGGAGCGGGUGGAGAGGUGCGAGGUGUUCGGGAAGUGGCGGGCCAGGAUGAGCAUGGCCGGCUUUCAGGCCGAGCCCAUGAGUCAACACGUGCUCGACUCGCUCCGAGCCAAGCUCAACUCGGGGACACGUGGCAACCCCGGAUUCACCGUCACCGAGCAAUCCGGCGGCAUCUGCUUUGGCUGGAUGGGACGGACCCUCACCGUCGCAUCUGCUUGGCGUUGAUUUUAUUUUCUCUCCGCUUUUGGGCUAAAACCUUUUUUCUGUUUACGUAAUUCUUGUAUUAGUGUUUCUGUUAGUAUUAACUUUUUCGAAAAUGAAUGCCCACCCUCCAAACAAUACCAAAUUAAUAAACGCCUUCAUUCACACUA